AGAAAAGUCUGAGACUACGGAGACAGCCGUAGUGACCCCCAUCAAAAUACUAAAGAGACCUGCAGGAACUUCAUCCCAUCCACCUGAUCAGAGAAGCAUAAUUACAGAAGGUGACGAAGACAAGCAAUCUGAUACAACAAUGACAGCCACCUUGACCCCUAUUAAACUGCAGCUGAAACAAUCUGAAUCUACUUCAAGGACUGCUGCCUUCAAUUUUUCAGAGGAGUGCCCUGACAGUCAAGCAGGAAAUAGUAUAUGCACAGAGCCAGAAAUGUUAACAGGUUCACCUGAACCGGGAAACAUGUGGAGAACGCAGGAGUUGAAGAACCUAUUUGGUUCUGAGUAUGGGAAUUCAGACCAACAUAAGAAGCCACUGCAGUCAUUGCGUAACAGCGCAAAGGAAAAGAACCAACUUGAAGCUGAAGUCGAUACCUGCCAUCAUGCAGACAUUCCUUACGUCUGCAGUGACAUUCCAAGUACUGACAGUGACAAUCAAGAUUGUCACAACAAUGCUUGUGCAUCUGAAAACCUUGGCGAGUAUGUGUCCCUUCACAAUGUACCAAAAUUUAUGCUGCCUAAUGAUAAACUCGAGAAAAAUACAGUGGUUCAGCUACAAAAUUAUCUAAAGUCAAGAAAAAUAUUACCUGUACCUAGAUUAAAGGCUGAUCUCAUUGCCAAGGUAAAAGAGGUCAUGGCUUUAGAACCUGCUCCUGUAUCUAAGCCCAAUGUUUGCAAUAAAAAGCAGCAAAGACUGGUGCUAACAAAGGAUGUUGCCCAACUACCUGAUGAUGAUGUUUUCCCUCCUACUGGUUGGGAGGUUUUCCCUAGUAGAGAUAUGCCAAGCAAUUUCAAUUUUGGGAGUGUGUUCAACUACAUAGUGGAGACAAUGCCUCAGUUGCCAGACCCUGCCAGUAAUACUCCUUUGGCAGAUUCAUCGGAUGAAGAGGACAUUGCAGAAAAUGUAGUAAUUAUUAAUGACCCCUUCGAAGAUGCUGAGCAGACUGAGAUCAAAUGCAGUAAAAAACUAAGAAGAGGCUUGCAGUAUGUAAAAAGUAAAUAUGUGAGAAAUGUACAUGAUUGCUUACCAGACAGAUUGCAUUGCUACAAGGGACAAGUACGUGCUUCCAUGUCGAAGGUAGCCUAUCAUGUCAAAGUUGCAAUUUUUCAAGUUUCUGGUUCUGUGGUGAAGGCCUCAUGCCACUGUGGUGCCCACACAAUGCAAAGGUGCAGUCACAUCAGUGCACUGUUGCUGUAUUUAUUACUCCAUAAAAACCUGAAUGGUCCUAAAGUUUCACUUGAUAGUUGCAUGAAUUAUUUUUCUCGUAGUAAUGGAUUGGUAGUGGUAGGUGGCUGA